GGAUGUGUAUGUCUAUGUCUGAGUGCUGUAUCCUGCAGUGCCUCUGGCAUUAGCGACAGUUAGGGAAGUUAGUAACAACUACUACAGUAAAAGAGUACAGAACAUUAGUUGCUGUUGGAGAGACGCCACACGGACCAAGCCUUUUAGUCUGGGAAGACCCAGAACAGAGUAGGAUUUCUGAGGAUAUCCUUCCUUCCCAUCUAUAGUAUCUGGACUGAGGAGGGACUCCACCUGUAACGUUGUGAUGGUGAUUAAGUGCUAACCUGGGUGUGCGCCAUAACGGUGAAACUGGAUGAACACAGGCCUGCAGCCAGACAGCCUACUGAGGGACCAUGAUGAGGAGGGGAGAGGAGCGAGAGGACAUCACCACUCUCAUCUCCAUGACUAACACUGCAGACCACAGCUACGGGAGCAUGGAUACUGGGAUUUCUCAGGUCAGCUCUGGGGCCAAAAAUGUGUUCAGCGAUGGCAUCACUCGCAUUGACUUUGUGUUAGUUUGGGAGGAGAGUUUAGCUGUGUUGAAGGAUGGCGCAUCAGAGAAAGACAAGUCAAGUCACGCCACCCAAGACUCACACAGGAAGUGGAGGGAAGACUUCCUGUCCAGACUUCAAGCAGCCGGCAUCGACCAGGAGAUGCGGGAAGUUCUUCAAGCUAAGAAGAAAAUCUCCUAUGUGCUCCUGAGCGCCCCCUGGAGUGUCCUUUGCUACUACGCUGAGGAGAUCAGUCUCCGGGUCCCUCUGCAGAUGGUAACCACACCAAACUACAACUGGUCAGAGAGGAUGCUAGAGAAAACAAAAAUCCCAAACCUCAUGAGCCAAGACGUGCCCAGCAUGCCCCUGGACUAUUACACCUGCCUGUUUCGCACCAACAAACUGGAAAGGUUUCUGGGCAGUGAGAAUAAGGAGACGUUCUUCAAGACUACCCAAAGACACCAAGUACUGUAUGAGAUUUUAGCACGGACACCUUAUGGGGCAUUAAAAAGAGGAGAGGUGGGAAUCGAAAGGCUGCUCAGCGAAAAUGCCUUCUCUGCUGCAUACCCCCUGCAUGAGGGUCCAUUUCAGAUGCCAGAGGGGGAGGCAGUGGACCCUCAGUCCUUGAGCAUGAGGCAGAUCCUCCACCAGUAUUGGGCUCGCUGGGCCAGCUGGAAGAAUUACCAGCCACUGGAUCACAUCCGAGAGUACUAUGGAGAGAAGAUAGCGCUGUACUUUGCCUGGCUGGGGUUCUACACAGGCUGGCUGCUCCCAGCAGCUGUGGUCGGAACACUGGUCUUUCUGUUUGGGAUCUGGCUGAUGGUCACUGAUGCGCCAGCGCGGGAGAUCUGUGAGAGCAAGGAUGAAUUUGUCAUGUGUCCUCUGUGCAAAAUCUGCUCCUACUGGAACCUAUCCAGCAUCUGUACCACCUUCAAGGCAGGGCUGUUAUUUGACAAUGGGGGAACGGUAUUCUUCAGUAUUUUCAUGGCUCUAUGGGCUGUCACUUUCCUGGAAUACUGGAAGCGCACCAGUGCAGUGCUGGCCCACCGAUGGGACUGUUCAGAGUUUCAGGAAACUGAGGAGCGCCCAAGGCCAGAGUUCACUGCCACAGCGCCUAUGACCCUGCGGAAUCCUGUGACUGGUGCAGAGGAGCCUUACUUCCCAAAGCGACGCCGCUUCAACCGCACCCUGACCGGCGGCAUGGUCAUUAUGAUCAUGGUAUCCGUAGUGCUGAUGUUUGUGGUGGCAAUCAUCCUUUACCGGGUGAUUCUGAGCAUCAUCAUUUACAAAUCUCACAAUGUCUUCUUGAUCUUUUCUGCUGGUCGGAUAGCCAGUCUCACAGGGUCCGUGCUGAACCUUCUGGUGAUCCUCAUGCUCUCCCGGGUCUACAUCUACCUUGCCCAGGUCUUAACGCGUUGGGAGAUGCACCGCACACAGACAAAAUAUGAGGACAUGUUUAUUCUCAAGGUCUUCAUCUUCCAGUUUGUCAACUUCUACUCCUCCCCGGUCUACAUUGCCUUUUUCAAAGGCCGGUUUGUUGGUUACCCUGGCAACUACUACAAUCUCUUGGGAAUACGGAAUGAGGAUUGCGGUGCUGGGGGCUGUCUCAUUGAACUGGCCCAGGAGCUACUGGUCAUCAUGGUGGGAAAACAGGUCAUCAACAACAUUCAGGAGUUUAUCAUGCCAAAACUAAAGUCUUGGUGGCAGAAGCACAAGAUCCAUCCUAAGGUUAGAGCUGACAAUGGGAAGGUGAAAGAGGGAGGACAGACACAGGAUGCUGCACCCUGGGAGACCGACUAUGAGCUCCUGCUGUGUGAGGGACUGUUCGAUGAAUAUCUGGAAAUGGUGUUGCAGUUUGGCUUCAUUACCAUCUUUGUGGCGGCAUGUCCACUUGCCCCGCUGUUUGCCCUGAUCAAUAACUGGGUAGAGGUGCGUCUGGACGCGCAGAAGUUUGUGUGUCAGUACAGACGGCCCGUAGCGGAGAGGGCUCAGGACAUUGGAAUCUGGCUGGACAUCCUGCAAGUCAUCACCUACUUUGCUGUCAUUAGUAAUGCCUUCCUGAUAGCUUUCACUUCUGACUUCCUGCCUCGCCUCUACUACCGCUACAACAAUGAUGGAAACCUUCAGGGUUAUGUUAACUUCACUCUGGGUACUUCCCCAAGCAACUUUAACGCCAACAACACGCAAUGCAGAUAUCGAGGAUACAGGGACAGAAAUGGGCAUUUUCGACCGGAGUACUUCCACCUUCUGGCUUGCCGGCUGGCCUUUGUCAUCAUUUUUGAGCAUGUUGUGUUCUUAAUCGGUCGUUUGAUUGACUUCAUGGUCCCUGAUAUACCUGAGGAUGUGGAGAUCAAAAUUAAGAGGGAGCACUACAUGGCCAAGGAGGCCCUGGCUGAGAACGAGGCUUUGGGUAAGGUUGUCGUCCUACUUGAAAAGGAGAAUCUGUCCACUGAGCUGCGACACAGAGCCAAACCUCAAACUUCCACAGCGUCUCCACCCCGGGAGAGCAACUCACCACCACCCUUACUGAAUCCAAUCCCAGAGGACCCAGACAGAUCACCGCUCUAACCCCUGACCUCCCCAGGGGUCGUAUGGGCGCCAGCUCAAUGUCACAUGAUGGUGUGAUGAGACUUAUUUUUCAGCUCUGUGUUUCUAACAAUCUUCAGUGACAUGGACAGGUACAGUCAUGACUGUAAGACUAAGAAGGCAAAUAACAGGACUAAUCCUUUCUCAGGACAGACUGCAGUGAGUUUGAGGCUUUGCAUUGUGCUUACUGUACCCAUAUUGAGCAGCAGUAUCACCCCCACUCUAACCAUGCAGCAAAUGUGUGGACUACUAGAGAACUGUGACUAGACUAGUCUUUCGAAUGAAUCGUUAGACGGGAGUCCUGACUCUGUGGUCAUAGAAAAUUCCAUUGCACUUAUCGUAAGAAUAGGGGUGAUAACCACGGUGUCUUGGCCAAAUUCUCAACCUGGCUCCAUUCAAUCAUGGCCACCUAAUCAUUCCCCUGAUUUCCAAUUGCCAUAUAUCACUCCUCACCUCUCCACCAUGAUAGCUGCUGUGUGAGUGUUCUGGCACAAAAUGGUUGCUGUGCAUCACCCAAAUGGGUGCUACACACUGGUGGUGGAAGAGGUGAGUUCCCCCCUUUAAUAUGUAAAGCACUAUACAAAUCCAAUCAAUCAAUUACUACUAGAGAAAUGUCUCUUUCGGUGAAGCUGCUCAGUCCUUAACUGAAUAAUAUAAUUACUUUUUGGGGUUGGCAGUGAACUCACUUCAUGUUCCAGGAGUUAUAGUCUUCCCGUUCAGUUCCCCCCCCCAAAUAUACUGUAUAUUUACUGUAUGAAGCAGCAUGAAGAAAUAAGCGCACAGACUGGAAUCAACUGAAGUUUUUAUUUAACUAACACAAUUAUGAUACAUGUGUGUAUAUAUAUAAACUCAGCAAAAAAAGAAACGUCCUCUCACUGUCAACUGCGUUUAUUUUCAGCAAACUUAACGUGUGAAUAUUUGUAUGAACAUAACAAGAUUCAACAACUGAGACAUAAACUGAACAAGUUCCACAGACAUGUGACUAACAUAAAUGGAAAAAUGUGUCCCUGAACCAAGGGGGGGUCAAAAUCAAAAGUAACAGU